AUGUGUCGUGCAAAUGAGCAAAUGUUUCAAUUUACUACUGAAAAUUCAUUAUCAAAAUCUGAUCCGCAUUGCACCGUAAGUUCCAUUUUAAAGAAAGUUUAAACAAGUAAGGCUUAAUGUAGUCACAUUAAAACGUGCGGACGCCAACACAUUUACCCUUUAAGGCAAGUCCCGCGUUUAUUAUGAGACUUCAAAAUGGCCGGUUUUUGUUUUUUCCUCAAAAUCAUUGCUUGUAGGUUCGAAAGGCGACUUGAAGUUGUCCGCCGUCUCAAGCCACACGUAUCCGAUAAAAACUGUCACCGAAGAGGCAACCUUUCAAAAACGCUCUUAGCGGUGAAAAUAUGUUGAAAGCCAUUUCCAGUACUGUACUCGCGUGUGGAGGAAAGAUUACGGAAAUUUUCGAAAAUGAUGACAUAACGGUAUCUAGUCUCAAGUGGGGGAAAAAUGAUUCCUGCACUGCCAUAUUUCUUCCUAUAAGACUACAGAAAAUGUUAAUUUUUUUUGCUCUUAUGCCCAGGUAAAUGUUCAAUUAGCUUUUCCAGAAUAUGGCUACUUGUACCAAUGGUCAGGGUUAGGUGGUAAUGAAGAAUUUCAAUUCUUAAAAGACGGAAUCCAUCGGGAAAUUGGGUAAUUCUAAUUUUCAGUCGACAAAAACCUUGAACCAGAAUAUUUUAAGCCAUAUCGUAUUUCUUUUUCUUUUUACACUUUUCAAGUGCUAUAGAUGUAAUUUGUAAUCUAUAAUAACACCAAACACAAUUUCUUAUGGAAGCCCGAGAGGAUAAAUAUCAAAUUUCACGGGAAUUAAGAAAACACAGGUAAAAUCGAUCUAUCGUCAUGGUUAGGAUUUCAUUUUGAGAAAUUUGAAGCUUUUGAAGUUUUUUUUUUUUGUGCAAAUGAGGCCUUUUGUUAUUUAAACCUCGUUGGGAUCUCCAAAUUUAAAUAUGAAAACGAAAAGGAUUUUGUAGGUCGUAAUAGUAAAAUGACGCCAUCGCGCAAAUAGAAACUUAAGUGACGUCACAAUUUACGUGUCAACGGGUUUUUGUGAUAAGUGCACAAGACUGUUCUUUUUCAACAUCGACUGUAUUGUAAUCGGGUCUCCUUUCCAGGGUAGGCUCGUCAAAAAAAGGUCCAAAAUUUUGCCUUAUGCGCAUGUUACGUUUCCUUUUUAAUACCUAAUUUCUAUGAAUCUAGCUGUAGUGAACAGGUGCUUUAAUAGCAAAGUUGAGAAAAUUUAGCACCAUAGCAACUAUGUUGCACUUUGUUCUACAAACUGUGGCCCGCCGUCUUCCCCUCCCCGAGCCCCUGCGAUUUCAGUGGCAGAAAAUAUCUUUCUGUAUUGAUCUACACUAAUUUGAUAGUUAAGCUUUAAUUAAUUUUGUUAAAUUUUUUGAAACAAAAAUAAACUGUUGCUGAUCGUCAAUGGACAAGUUCUGACGUUAAAAUUCCUUAUAUCUCUACCCUUAUUUUUUCCAGGUCUUCGCAUCCGGAGAAAGAAAAGUGUAAUUUUUAUGUGCCUGUUUGGCGAGCGGAGUACUUACGAGACGAUACCUACAGACAUCUGGUUGCCCUGGUCUGUAUCGAUCUAAUAGCAGCACUGUCAACGAUCCUUCUAAAUGCGCUGGUCAUUUUUGCCGUGGCAACAAGGCCCCGACUGCGAAAAAACUCCACCAUACUACUUGCCUCUCUCGCAGGGGCAGAUUUGCUAACUGGUCUUGUUGUUCUACCGUUUGCCUUCUCGCUAGACCUUAAGCGACUCCUUGCACAGGACGAAAUAACGUGUUUCCGUAUUUUGGAAACUCGACGGAAACGGGAAGUUGCUUAUAUCCGUCACGUUUCCGCCCUGCGGAAACAUGGUGAUCUAGUUUUCCAUGGACGGGACGCGUUUCCGCCAUGUUUCCGCGUCGGAAACGAACGAUCAUGUUUCCGCCACAUUUCUGUCAUCACAUUUCCGUUCUUUCUUUUUUUCCGUUACGUUUCAGGUGACGAAUUUUUUUCUUUUUUUUUUUAACCCAUAUCCAAGAUCGCAUGAUCAAUGUUUCGUAAACUUUGCCUUGGCGUACAAUCAAGGUGAAUAAAGGUAAAUUUACUCUCGAGAUUAAACGGUUCUCAUGCAUUACUCGCGCGCGUUGCAUUGAUGCAAAGACUGUGAAGUGUGCGAGGUUGCCAUUGCUUUCCAUUCUAAGUGAUAAAAAUCGCAGAGCUUACCAACAGCUUUCAAUAUUUGCCAGAUUGAUGUUAAUCAGUACUAGUACUGGCGUAAAACUAAAAUGCUCUUAGACGGAGAAAACAACAGAGAAAACAAGAGAGAAUGGGGCCUAGAACAGAGCGGAGUGCUGGUCAGCGGACUUUUCCUUUGCUCAUGCUCAUUACGGUCAUUCUUUUUGGCGUCCAUUUUGAAAGUGAUUUCAACGGCUUCAAAUUUGCCAGCUUCUAUAGGUUCUAGGAGCGUGGAAUCGGUAUAUUUUUGCUUUCUGAUGAUACCACAAGACAUCUAAGGGUUGUUAUGUAUAUUUAGCGACCCAUCGGCUGUCAGUAAUCGAUCGCUUCCCUCGUAAAGCGACUCUUUUCUGACACAGUGGAGCAGAAUGUGAGACAAAAACCUCGUGAUGCGCAAGUAUAAUUUGAAAGUUGGAGUGUUUUACCGUGCUAAGGCUAUCCAAGGCGGAGGAUUGUGAUGGAAUACCGAUAGUAAGACGAGGUAAGCUUAACAGUUUUCCAUAUUUCACUUUUGUGGUCUGUAGCAUUUGAGAUAAUGCUUGGGAGACAUAUUUGUUAACACAAAGCUGUGAUUGAUAAGUACAGUAAUUUCCCGAGCAGGAAACUGCAACAUAAUGAACCUGAAUCCUCUUACUAAACAAGGCGAGGCUCUGCACUGUGAGGUCUGUGAAAUGAUUGUAGAAAAAUGGUUAGAGGGUUCCAGUGAUUUUGUUACAAAUAGUAUAUGCAUGGUGAGUCCUGGGACUCAUUUUGUGAAUAGUCAAGAGUUCUGGCCUGUCCACAUGCACAACCAGUGAGUCCCAGUUAAAAAACAGGGAGUCCUUAAUUGAAAAUGCUUGGUAUGGGCCUUUUAACCAGACAGUUAAUCUGGAGACAGAUGCCAAAACUUUUUAUGACAGUUUACUAAAAUGAAAAUAUAGUCCUAUAUAUUUAAACAACUGCUACAGAAAUCGCACAAACAGGAUAUUCUACCAACAAAUCUUCAAAUCGAUCGAUCAUCCUUUGCAUCCUACGGGAUGCAUGCCAUGAAUUAUUUUGCGUCUUUGGAUAAUUUUUUGUGUGAGGGACACAAGAUGCAGAGGUAACAAAAUCACUGGGGUUUGAAACCAUUCCAAAUAGUGCACCAGUUUAAUUUACUGAGAAGGACGGUAACAAAUAUUGUUGAUCGUUUCAUAUGUCCAGGAAGCCCCUACACAGAGUUUUUUAAACAGCGACGACCAAGUAUGUAUGCUACGGAAAUACAAAAACAUUUAAUCGAAAAUCAGGUUGUUGACCCGCAAAGGUUCGAUAAGUCAUGUAUUGACACGUGAUUUCGGUUACUCUUGCAAAGAGUUGACAAUAGUUCCAAAAGAGAGCUUAAUCUAAUAAUAUAAUAAUGCUUGACUGAGAAUGCUCAAGAAAAAGUUGAAGCAUAUAUUUUUUUUCAGUAAUUGUGAUCCCAGGAAUAGGUACUUCUUUGACGAGAACUCAGUCAUUAAAACAACUGGGAAGUGAAGUUACUGUUGAGCAAACUUGUGAAGCUCAGUCGUAGUUGACAACUAUGUCUUGAAGUUCGCAAUUUGAUUCCCUAACUUGCUAAGUAAUUGGCUACUUCAUGAUGUAGUACCCAAUUUUCCAACGAACUUUGCAACAUGGUGUGGUAAAUAAUGUGAAAUCGACUGUAACAGAGUGAUCCAGACUUUAAGAGCGCUUUCCAUUUGUCGGAACUGGCCGGCCGGACCAUUGUCCAACCAGUCGGUUUGAUAUUGAAAUAUGCUUUUGCCAAGAGUUUUUGCUGAACAACCAUUUCCUUGGUGCAUACUACUUAGGAUUUGACUGAUCUGGCUGGAGAGAUUUGAUUAAAAUGGAAAUUCUCAUUGCAUUGGGAAUGGUUUGGCCGGUCGGUUCUGACAAAUGGAAAGCGCCCUAAGUCUUCAUUUCAGUGGACAGCAAAACCAGCAGUGGAGUUAAACUAGUAAAACCACUUUUAUUUAUCCUGUAUUACCCUGCAGUUCUAUGCAAACAUCAUAUUGACCAGGGGGAAGGAGGGUACUCCUUAAAUAUGUUCUCUUGAAAUCCAAACAAUGUUCCCACAACUUGCAAAGCAACCAGCAGAUUUGUUUACUGAUCAUUCCUUGAAUAUCUACACUCAUAGCUCAGCAUACAUUGUUGUCAGUUAAGAUGUUACAUGGUUGCGGUGACUGUCACAUUUUUUUUAGUUUCUCUUGCAUCUUCAAUACCAAGAAACAAUUACAACAUGUGAGAAAAACAAAGAGGCAUGAUAUUUUUGUCAAUUAUUGACUAUAUUUUCUCUGUUGGUUCGCCUCUCACUGCUAAAAUAUUUACUUUAGGAAACACAUGUACAUGUAUAUCCAGUAUAUCACAUUGAAUGUUUGGCUUUCAAGCUAGAUCAAACUCUUUCGAAUGAAAGAGUUUGAUGCAGCUCAGCCAUUCAACAAAACCCACUCACAAAAAAAAAUUGAAUAGAUCAUUUGAUUUUUGAAUUCAGUCAAACAUUGAGUUGGGUUAUCAAACAAAGUGGAACUCACAUAAGGAACACUCAAAUGGAACAAAAACAAGCGUUUCAGUUCCAAGCAAUUGAUGACAAGUGUGUUAAUUAUUGAUCUAGUGUGAAAGCAGUCAAGGCGACGUAAGAUCCUGCUUCUUUUAUUAUUUCCAUUUCAGAGUUAAAUUCUAAAAUAAACAUUUUCUGUGAAAAUGUCAAUACAUCUAUUUUGUUUACCAAGGAAAAAGUCUUUAAAUCUGCAAGUUGAAAUCAUCUUGGUAAUCAUCUCAGUUAUUACUCUUCACUACAUAAUUGGCCUCAAUAAUAUUGUAGCAUAUUCUGAAUCCAGCACUUGUCAGAUUUCCCUGGCUUGUUGAGUUGACUCAGUUUUCACAUUUUAUUUUUUUCCAAUAUAAUUUGGUUUGUUUCGAUUUUGUUCAGGCAUCAAACUCUCCAGAAAGCUGGUUUGAUAUUGUUUGAUGGCCAAACUGUUUUGUUCGGGGAGUUUGAUGGGAACUUUGUUUUAUGUAAUACAUUGUACACCGAAGUAUACAUUUACUGCAGUAAAUUAUCUGCUGCCCACCAGGGUUAUCGCUUUACAAGUUGUGAGAACAUCAUUUCUUGCACCCAGACCUUGUUACUUUCCCCUGCUUCCCCUGGUAUUGACCCUGUACGUGUAGAUGAUAAUGUACAACCUGAGGGAGGUUGUGCCCUUGAAAAGUAGGCUUUUUGUUACUGGUACUGGUAAUCAUAGACAACCUCUGUUUACAUUUACAUGUACAUGUAACCCCUGGUCCAUAGUCUUAACGUUGCAGGUUGCGGGCAACAUAAUGUACUAACUAUUACUAUGAAACACAACUGUAUGCUUGUAAAAUUAUUGUAAUGUGAUGAAUCAGGGUUGUCAGAAAGUUUUGCUAAAAGGUUUUCCCUCCCCGAUAGCCUGGGGAAUAGCUUCUGUGUUUUACUUAUUAGCACUUUGUUUUGUUUUUCAUACAACAGGCCAGGCAGAUCACCUUGGUAUGUGAUGUUGGUGCAGAACAUUCUCUCAAAGCAGGCUGGUUCAUGGAACUUAAUUUCAGUCUCAAGUUACUGUGCUUUAUGCUUAGUCAAGUUCUGCAAAUGUUAAUCUUGAAAUACUACUUCUAUGCUAAAGACAAAAAAUGUCCAACUGCUACCUCGAGUGGGCAAGGUGAAGCAAACCUUGCAUUCUAAUUGGCUACCCAAGGGGGCAAGGUGAGCCCAUUUAGCCCACUUGGGAUUUCCUGCGUUGGUUCCGCAAGUAAAAGUUCUCUUCUUGGCCAUGUAAUAAUUCAUUUAUUGACCAAGCUUGUUCAUUCAAGAUGGCUGAAUAUUGACCUCAUUCAUUUUUGUAUUUUUAUUGACCAAGACCAGGCUGUGCUCUGUGGCCCGUUGCGCCUACAUCUAUAACUUUUGUUCUCAGGCGACUAGAAAAUCUUUGCUUUUUCAUAGAAAUCAUUUGCUGGGCACACUGGAUUUCACAAGUUCAGAGUGGGCAAGGUGAAGCAAAUCCUGUGUUCUAAUUGGCUACUCAAGUGGGCAAACCAAUCAAGCUUGUUCGGUAAAGAUAGCUGGGUAUUGGCCUUGCAAAAAGGAGCCUGGCCAAUAUCCAGGCAUCUUGACUGAAUGUUGGUCAGUAACGCAUAAUCAUUUAUAACAAUAAUAAUUAUUAGUACUUUGUGAACAUCUUUUCCAGAAAGGCAUUUUAUAUUGCUUUAAAAGGGCUAGGUUAUGCUAUGCUAUAUUUUGUUCUUUGAGAGGCUUAAAUGUGUCUUGGCUUAAAUUAAGUUCCAAAAAUAAUGGUCCAGUUCUGUUAUUUAAAACUUAAUUGAGGCAUUGGCACUGUUUCCCAUCACCUCUUGCUAUGUAUGACAAAGAUGAUCAUGGAUUGAAACUUGGCCAACUUUUUCAAGGUUAAAAUAAUGCUGUGACUGCAUAAAUCACCAAGAAUUAUUAUGGUUUGUGCUUCUUGAUGAAAUUGGCUUGAUGCAUGUAUCUUCUUCAUAACUCUACAAGUCAAGCAUUUUGUGUAGGGGUAAAGACACUAAGGGCGCUUUCCAAAAGUCGGAACUGGCCGGCCAGACCAUGGCUGGAGCAGUCGUUUUGACAAUGAAAUAGCUUUUUCCCAAGAGUUUUUGCUGAAAAACCAUCUCCUUUGUGCAUUAGUAUUUAGGUUUUGACUGAUCUAGUUGGAUAGUUGUGAUUAAAAGUGAAAUUCUCGUUACUACUGGAAUGUUCUGGCCGGUCAGUUUUGACAAAUGGAAAGCGCCCUAAGCAAUGACUUCAGCAUAGAAGUGACCUAAAACGUACACAUGAAACACAUAAACCGUUUUAGCAGACUUGUAUUAUGUAAAACUGUAGCCAUACUUUGUUUGUUGAUGUAUUUUUUUGCAUUUCAAUCUUUGCAGUGGUCAUAGAAAAUUGUGUAGUUUAGACCACCAUGUUAGAAGAGUAAGAAUAUUUCCUGACACCAUAAUUAUAACAUUAUCCUGAAGCAGAAUGGUCGUAUGAGUAAGUGGUAUAUGGUCAUACAGGUUAGUAUAGCACUUAGUGGGACUGUUGACAGGAACUGAUGUUUUGACAAUGCCCAUGAAAAUGGUGAUCACCUUGUUGUCUAAACGUUAGUCGCUGUCAACAACAGUCCUGCUCAGGACUACAAUGUACAUUCACCCGACAAAUCAUAUUCCACUUUGUUGAAAUAAUUAUUAUAGACAGCCAAACAUAUCACUAGCCAUAAACUGCACAUGAAAGUGUUUAUCACUAUCUGCUAUAAAGGGUAUUAAUUUGUUAACAGAUUUGACAUUUUCUUUGCCAAAAAAACAGUACGUAGUCCUACAGAAAAUUUCUAGUGGAUUUCCUAAAGGAAGCCUCUUACUAUUCCUGUUCAUUGCUAGUGUGAAUAGGCACUCACAUUUAAAAUGUAAUUUAACUUAACCAAUGUAAUGAAUAAAUACCAUAAGAAGACCUGAUUGUCAGUUUAGGAAGCAAGAAGAAUAAAGAAAGUACUUGGAAAGAUUGCUGUGGUAUUAUUUUGUGCAAUAAAAAUGUCGAGAGAAUGGGUUUUUGUAACUAUAGAUGGCGGGAAAACCCCCCCAAGAUGGUGAAAAGCGCUUUUUUCACGAUGGAAAUAACUUGAAAACACCAGUUUCCGACUCGUAAACUCGUGUUUCCGCAAUAGUUACAUCCGAUUACGUUGACGGAAACAUGAAAUUGACUUGUUUCCGGAACGUUUUCGCCUGUUUCCGCAAGGAUGCCACGCAUUUACUCUUGCGGAAACACGUGUUUGCUUAGACGGAAAUUUGACGGAAACGUAGAAAAAAGUGGUACGAUUCCGCCGGAACCGCAGCGACGGAAACACGGGUAAACGUAAUGUAUCCGCUAACGGAAACAUGUGAUUACCGUCAUGUUUCCGCAACGGUUUUACGUGUUUACGUUAAGUUUCCAUUUACGGAUUCUUGAAAUUUCGUCCUGUGUUGGUUUUGACUCAUUCUGUUUGCUCGAAAAGGCAUUUACUGUGACAUUAGCGAUGGUAACUUACGCUUCGAUCAGUCAUCUAGUCAUUAUCAGCAUAGAUCGCUAUAUAGCUAUCAAAUAUCCCUUGAGGUACCAGGAAAUUGUCACAGAGACGCGAAUAAUAUUCAGUAUUGUCCUAGAUUGGGGUUUCACGUUAUUGGUGACAAUCAAUGAACUUGUUCUGGCUCUAAUAGACAGUGAAAGUAUCUACUCUCUAUAUAUGCACGUGAACACCAUAAUACAAAUUGUAAUUGGAACUCUUUUCAUUGUUGUCAUUUCAUUGUCUUAUGGUUAUAUUUACUCAGAAACACGACGACAAGUUAAACGCCUCCUCUACGAACAAUUGCCUCAAGAAGAAAUCCAACGAAUCAAGAAAGACAGAAAAGCUGUCACUACUCUGGCAUUCAUUCUGAUUACUUUAGGACUUACUUAUUUACCAGCAAUAAUAACAGGGAUACUGACUACUUCUCCAGGUAACAUCGUCGGACCGCCGCGUGUUCAACGCAUCACUUGGAUCUGGGUAGAACUUUCUAUCAUGUUGGGUUCCCUGUGUAACCCUAUUAUUUACUGUUGGCGAAUGGAGAACCUACGCCGUGCAUUUCUCGAGAUACUUCAUCUGAGCCAAACCAAAAACAUAAAGCCAGGAAUAGAAAUGAGAGAGAUGCAACGCCAUCAACCUGGACCCAGUAAAAACCAAGCUUUCUCGCUGCCCGCAAACUAGUAACCCGUUUUGUUUUUUAGUCAUCAUCUUGUCAUCUGCAAGCCGAAUACAUCACUCCACAAGUUCGUCGUCGAUCCACUCAACUGCACCUCGUCGAUCCGCAACACUCUAAUAAUUGGUGCACCAAUUACAUGAGGCGACUGGAGACUAACCUUAUGGAACUGGCCACCUCUUUGAAAUAUGAAGAAGCGAAAGAAGGGUUAAUUUUAUGCCCUGGUUAA